AUGCCUGGCUCUUUUGUGCUUUACCAGUACGGCGACGAUCCCCUCAGCCACCGCUUUGUCGACACUGAGAGCCGUCUUGCGUUUACCAUCCAAGAGGUCGCUCGGAAUCCCAACCCAGUCAUCCGUCUCACCCGCGAAUCCACAUGGUCCCAACUACACCCCAGCAUCAUGGGCCCCGACAACUCCUUCUUCUAUUUCGGCCCAGAGAGCUCCUCGGGGUACAUCGUCUAUGGCGGCGGCCAGAUACAUAUACCCAUGAACUACUUCCUGCGCCCGGGAAAACGAGAGGGCAGCUUAUCUAGAUAUUUUCGCUGUCAGAAUGGCAAAGACUACAAAUGGAAGAUCGGCUCGCAUAGGAUGGAGUGCGUAGACGGCCGCACGGUGCUCGCGACCUGGGAAGUAAGCCAGCCCGACAAAGACUACCACGCGAUCCUCACCAUCAAGCCGAACGCCAUGGCGCUCAUCACCGAGAUCGCAACCAGCCUCGUUCUCAAUCGCGUGGCGCUCGCUUUGGGCUGGUAG